CUCACUGACAGCCAGGAACUCGGCAGCUGGACGGUGCAGGACAAGUGUCCCCUUUCAGAUUAACUCUCAGAGUAACGUUUAGUUAAAGUGGAAGCUCCUCAGCUGUUUCCUCCAUGACGGUCAUCUUUCUGAAAUCGUUUGGAAAUGUCCCCGACGUUGUCACUUCGUGAUGCGGAGACCUUCCCAGAGACAGAGGACGCUCCUGUAGCGACGUUUAGCUAGCAGAGACGACAUUCAAGCUGCUUUGGGACGAUUUUUUUUAUAAGUAAUCUUAAACUUUCGACCGGAUUCAGAGGGGGAAAUAAUGCGAGAGACGUUCCUGAGGUAUGUCCGUCGGUUUCCGUGGGUCACUAACGUGGGUCUGUACGGCUGCCUGUUCGCCGGCGGGGACUUCGUCCACCAGCGGUUCUCCGGGAAGGACACGGUGGACUGGAGACAGACGCGCAACGUGGCCGUGGUCGCCUUCAGUUUCCAUGGCAACUUCAAUUUCUUCUGGAUGCGCUUCCUGGAGCGGAGGUUUCCCGGGAACUCGGUCGGGAUGGUGGUGAGGAAGCUGAUCCUGGAUCAGACCACCGCGGCGCCGCUGGCCACCAGCGUCUUCUACACAGGCGUCAGCUUCUUGGAGGGUAAAGAGGACAUCUUCGAAGACUGGAGGGAGAAGUUUCUCAACACGUACAGGACUGGACUCAUGUUCUGGCCCUUUAUGCAGUUCCUGAACUUCGCCUUGGUGCCUCUGUACCUGCGGACCACCUUCACCGGCUGCUGCGCCUUCGUCUGGGCCACCUUCCUCUGCUUCUCCCGACAGACCGGCGACGGCACGGCGGCCGCUGCCAUGGCCUGGCUCUUCCCCCCGAAAGAGGACGAAGCACCGGUCAAGACGGAGAGCGCGGACUCCAAGGACAAGACGACAGAGGGAAGGGAAACGCCUGAACGCUCAAAGUAACACAGUCAGGGUUUGUCAUGGAGCAAGGCAAGCCUCCCUGGCAGCGGCUGCUCGUGGUCCGACCCGGGUGCUGAAGGUGCUCUACCACUGCCAGGGCCGCAGGUACGAGGCAGAGCGCUUCACGAUAACGUCAGUCACACUAAUGCUGCACCUUGUGUGGAAUGUAUAUGCAGUUUUUUUUUUUUUUUAAUAAUAUUUAAACUACAGAGCAGCUCAGCGGAAACAUCCGAACUUUCCAUACUACAGUGAAACCUGCCACCUCUCCUCUCUUCUUCUGAUUAUUUAUAUGAGGAUUUUAGUCAUUUGAAUCCUCUGAUCCUACAUUAAAACACCUGGAGCUGUUAAUACUGAAUAACCAAGGAGGACGUCUGUGGGCUUAUGCGGCACAGAGGUGAUGAGAGAAGACAUAUAGAGAGAUUAAACAUUUUAAUUGUAGGAAAAACACUAAUUUCCACUGUGUGGAGUGGCAGCUAAAGCGUUUGCUAAGGCUUUUAAUAUUUGCUGAAUAGAAAAAAAGAAGAAUAUUUGAAUAUGUUGAUGAUCUCUGACCGUGUGCCUGACCUGAGGACUGCUUCACCUCCAGCUCCCGCUCCGUCUGUUAAGUGCCAAAUAAAGAGAAACGCAGGUACCAAGAAACUGUUGGAUUAAAAAUGACCUUGAUAUCAUUCAUGUGCAGGUUGGUUGACAAAGGGCAAACAGUACAAGUUCACUCUGUUCCUACAUCUUUGAUUUGCAGCGUCUAAAUACUACUGAAAACUACUUUCCUCAAUGAAUAAUUGACUGUUUGUGUCAAACAUCCAUAUAUUUGAAUGUUUACUGUGCUCCCUGCAUGGGUUUGUACUUUAUGUUAAUCUUAUACUGGAGAUUGUCUGCCCCUCCUGGAAUUCUGGAGCCGUUUGGUCACUGUUUACCCUCUCCUACUGAACCCUGCGUCCACGUUUGACAGCAGAUGAAAGGUCAGAGGGAGUGGAGGCCGAGCCCAGCUGACUCCUCACACACUCACGACACGGAGACGCAGUGACGCUCACACACACUCCACGAAGACUCACCCCGACACCCGCAUGUCUCUGCUUGUAGAUGGGUUUCCUAAACCGUUGGAGCCAACGCAGGGGUGUCAAACAUAAGGCUCGUGAGCCAAAUUUAAAAGAAAGCAUACAUUUUUUUCAACACAUUUCUUAAGAGUAGUGAACACAACACAGAUAUCAGUGCUGCUGCCGUGAAAGACAGGAAAUAAGCUUGCAUAAUGAAACAACAUGCAUAGUGAAAUGGCUAUCGAAGGGUUUUUUUUUUUAAAGACAUUUCACUUUAUUUUGCACCAGAAAGUUUCAGUAUAAUUAGCUUCAUGUUCAAAAUCUUCUGCUUUUCAGUUGUAAUUGUUUGGUUUUGUGAAAAUACAUUGUUCUGAAAUGUGUUUGACACUCCUGCUCUAUUGACUCCAUCAAAUCCUGUUCUUGUUGCAUAAGAAUCAUGACGUGCACAGUAAAUGAUACACAUCCAGACAAUUCACUGUUCGCUUUACAUCCCUGAUUUUCACACGGAUGUGCAACUCUGUCGGGUUGGGAUGUGAGUGUGUGUGACUUCCUGCCUCUCUGUGCUCUACCUCUGUGAUGGUGGCAUGAGGCUUCAGCCGGCUCGCCUCCAGCACCCUGCAACAAUAAGCAGAUUGACAGUUUAGAAGAUUUUCACAUUAUGAAUAAUUUCCCUUCUCUCAUAAUAUUGCAGCGAUGGUAUACUACUGAGAAUUCCUUCAAGCAUUUCAGCUAAUAAUUACUAAAUUUGUCUCGGAAACCCUAUUUACUUGAAUGUCACGUGUCACCUGCAUGGUUUUGUGCGUUAUGUUAAUGUUAAAUUGUGGAUUCUUCCUGAAGCAGUGCUCGGUAACUGACAGUUCACCUCCUUUGUUUGCCAAUGUCUGUUUCCCUCUGUGGUCAGUUUAAUAAUAAGUAGACUGUUGCUCAGCACAGGAAUGUUUUCAUUGGAACAAACUUCCUGUUUCAUAAAUCUUUCAUUUUCAUUUCAGUGUGCUGGCAGUAUUCACAGUAUCACAAGAUCUGAGUCUCGCUCGGAUUUUCUGUUGUGGUGAACUGUGAGACGUCGUCGGUACGUUUGCAUAUUGGUGCUUCACAGACACACACACACACCUGAUUGAAUACUGUGAAUAUCAUGUACGCAGCAGCUGUGUGUCGCUUUUAUCACGUCUUUUGGAUCAAAGAUCAUUUUAGUGUCGAGUGCUCAUAUCUAAUUUAUAAUUCCCUUGAACGUGUUUGAUAUUUCCUGAUCUGUAAGCCAAGUCAGUGAAGUUGUUCUUAACACAAACCCACUGAAAUGCUGGUGUUAUACUGAAACAUAUCUGACCCAGUUAUUUUUGGAUGUUUUUUUUUUUUUCAUCCAGAAAGAUCAAAUAUCCCUUUUCG